UUUCUCACCGAAGUAUAAAUGUGACGGUCAAGGCGGGUUCCUUCAAAAUCAAUAUGGCGUCCAGAAGAACAACACAGUUGCCGAGUAGUAUCAAAAACUCAACCGCAGAUGCUAAAAGCUCCAAAAAUGGGCACACAGCAAAUAAAACAACCAAGAAGAAAGCAACUGUUGUCCAGUCUCGAUAUCUGCAGACUCCUGAGAAGUCAUUACUUAGAAAGAGUAGCGAUUCUGGGAGUGUUUUACAGAGACCCUCCUCUCCAAAACCCAGUGGGAUCAAACUAAAAGUGGGCACCCCCCCACGAUGCUCCAUGGGCCUGCCAGCUGUUGGAAUGUCGAAGAUGUCACGUGAAAGUGAGCCGUCACUGCUUGGAAAGACCAUCCUGCAGUCGACGUUCUCUGAUGGACACUGCGGUCGCCCUGAUUUUGAUAUUUCAGUCAUUCGAGGAAAAACAAUAAUAGAAAGUGCAGAAGAAGCUGAGACAAACCCAGAAAAUCAGAAACAACUAAUAGAGAUGCAAUCAUUCCUUCUUUCUUAUGUCUCUGCAAAAAUGGCGAGUAAUACGGGAAAGCUGAAGGCCAAAGCUGAAGCCAGGUUACUGCAAAAGAUGGAGGAAGAAGAGAUGCUUCAUAGAGAGGUGAUGGCGAAGAAGCGCCAGUACGUCCUCAUGCAGAAAGAACAGCAGGCGAAUGAGCUACUGGAUAUGCAGAUCUCCGCACUGACUCCUGUGGCUGAAGUUGCCCAACAGUUUGCAAAGUCCUACACUUCUUUUGCCUCUGCGGUCGACACAACCCGGCACGAGCUACCUAUCAAGAACUUCUACAUCAAUGGGGACAGGAGGGAGUUUCUUGGCAAAGCUGAGGCCUGCUUGAAGGAGAGCGAGGAGCUUCUGAGGGAGUGCACAGAGGGGGAUUCCAAGGAAAAUGGCGCCGUUCUUGAGUGCCUGCGAGGCAUGAAAAGUUCCUCGAAAGACAUGAGUCUGCAGUUAUCUGGGGCAUUUUUGGAGCUACAGGAGCUGUCGUCGCUGAUCUGCCGCCACACCGUCCAAGUCCAGCAGGCUGCAGAAGAGGAGCAACUUGGCGUGGCCAGAUCCAUGGAGCUCUUCUGUCCGAAACGACGAUGAAUGCCUCACAACAUGGCACACAUAUAGUACAUACAUGCACUUUUAACGGUUUAUAUCCUUUAGUGUGUGCUGUCUUAACUCCAGUCAGUGUAUGAUUGGCUGUUUUAGUUGUGGAGGAAUCACUGCCUGGAUGGUUAAGACACCUUUUUAAUACACUGAAGACAAACAUUAAAGAUAAAAAGUGUUACAAAACUGUCUAAAAUCAAAUGUUUAUAAUUGUGUCUACCAGAGGUCUGCA